AUGUGUGGAAUCUCUCAAGAGGACACUAUGCAUGCUUUGGUGUUAUGUGACUUUGCAAAGGCCAUAUGGAAACAAUCUAACCUUCCAAUCCCCAAUAUUGUGACCAAUGUUUUUCACAUUUGGUUUUCUAAUCUUCUGAAUGUUCUAAACUCUAAUGGAAUAUUACAUGCAACAGCAAUUUUAUACCAUAUUUGGAGAGCACGGAACGGAGCAGCGUGGGAUGCUGUCCUGCUGCGACCAAGGAAGUUAUUAGCCAUGGCGGCCGCAACAAUGCAUGCAUGGUGCAAUGCACGGACCACCGCCAGUACCACGCCACUGCCAUUAGCCGACCACCCUGGAGCUAUUGGGGAACCACCACCACCGCCGCAUGAACAGAUAACCGCCGCGCCUCCCAUCACAGCGGUACCACUGCCCAGAAAUUGCCAAGUCGACGUCGGCUACCUCCACGACACGGGCAUGGAAACGGUAGGGGCGGUGCUCCUCGAUGCAAAUGGAGAAUAUGUAGCGGCAUUCAGUGCCCCUCUCCCGGUUUGUUUUUCACCACUCAUGGCCGAGGCAUUCGUGUGUAAGGAAGCAUUUGUUGGAGGAACACCUCAAAUUGAAGUUACAUUUGAGGUUGAUGCUAACAGCAUCCUAAACGUUAAAGCCGAAGACAAGCUAAGGCCUCUGAAAGGAUUGCAGCCUUACAUGACAACCUGGGCUAGGGCUGGAUUGAAGAUUCAAGACAUGACAACCUAA